ACGUCACUUUAGAAGAAGCCAAGUACAGGAAGAAUCUUCGGAGAUGGUUUGUGUUUAUAAAAUUCCCAUCUGAUGAAAGAUCGAUAUUUUCUUUGUUGAAGAUCUGUCUCAUUUCUGUAUUAACACCAGAGAUGGAUCAGAAGAAGACGGUUAUUGUGACAGGUUUUGAGCCGUUCGGUGAGCACACGGUCAAUGCCAGUUGGGUGGCAGUACAGGAGCUGAAGAAACUGGGUUUGGGUCCAGAUAUAAACCUUCAUGUUGCUGAAGUUCCUGUGGAGUAUCAAGCGGUCCAGACUCUUCUACCGUCACUAUGGAAACAGCAUCUCCCACAUUUAGUGGUCCACGUUGGAGUUUCUGGAAUGGCCACCACGGUAACACUUGAACAGUGUGGUCAUAACCACGGUUAUCUUCGUCUUGACAACAGCAGAUUCUGUCCUAAGUCCCGUUGCUGUAUGGAGGGAGGCCCGGAUUGCCUUCAUUCUGUCAUAGACAUGGAUGUUGUGUGUCGGAGUGUAAACUCAUCUGGGCUUGGGGUCACUGUGUCUGUGUCAAAGGAUGCAGGGAGAUAUCUGUGUGAUUACACCUAUUACAUGUCGCUGUACCUGGGCGAGGGUAGAUCUGCGUUCGUUCAUGUUCCUCCCCUGGGUAAUCCCUACAGCCCAGAGGAGCUCGCGCGCGCCCUCAGGGCCGUUGUCCUGGAAAUGCUCGAACUGAUGGAGCACAGCGAUGGGACGAAACACUGCAUGCACCACCAAUGAGAACGCAGGGGCGAGUCUCGAGUGGCUCGCUCACGACACAUGUAGCCUGGUUUUGGAUUCAGGGGUCAGGUGUUUUAACUUGCGUGCUACAUUAAAGGAGCAUUCAGCUGGUUUGAGAUACACCCUAUGUUUUAAACUCAAUCCAACAGUUGUGCUCAUGCAGUAUAGGAGGCAUUUUAUGGGGUAUACUUGAAAUAUGCAGGGAUUUGAUGCAUAAUAGUCAAGUCUUCUAAAAGUAAACUUUUUAGGAGCAGUUCACCUAAAAAGUCAUUAUCCUGGUGUCUUUCAAAAUUAGUGUGAUUUUAUGUAAUUUGUGGAACACAGGCAGUGGCUAACAUACAGUUGUGGACAAAAAUGUUGGCACUUUUGGUAAAUAUGAGCAAGAAAAGAUGUGAAUAUAAAUCUGUUUCUCCUUUUGAGCUUUUAUUUAAAACAAUCACAAAAAUCCAAUGUUUUAUUCAAGUAAAACAAUUGAAAGUGGAGAGGGGAUUAAAUUAUGAAAUAAACAUUUUUCUCUAAUACCCUAACUCUCCCAUUGAUAUUAACAUUUUCUUAGCACACCAAGGUGACUACAAACAUGAUGUUGUUCAGGAAUUACUUCCUGUUUCACAGGGAAAAUAAAUAUAAAGUAACACAAAGCCCAAAUCCCCUAAAUCAUUCAUCACAAUGGGUUAAAACAAAUACUAUAGCUCUGAUGUGCAGCGGAAAGAUGGCUUUUAGGAAAUAGUUAAACCAUAAAAACAUAUAUUUCCACAAUCAGGGCAAUAAUGAAGAGGUUUUAAUCGAUUGGGGAUUUUGCAAAUCUGCUUGAAAGAAGACGUGUUACUAUAUCGAGGAUCACAGAUGGAAAACUUCAGAAAUCAAUUGAAACUGGGGUCAGAAAGAUUUAAAAAUAAAUAAAUGAAAACAGCACUUCAAUUACCACAAGUUGUUUAGGACUCUAGCAUAUUCAUUUGCUGUCCUGUAACUUUAAACAGGACUAAUUUCUCUGGACAUAUGAAACAAAAAAGUGUUUAUUGGCAGCAGUAACACAAGAUAGCUUUGGUGAUUAAACAGGGAUUAAAAAGUGCUCUGUGUCUAAAGUUAAAUAUACAGCCAUAUCCUUAUUGAUGUGAAGCUUCUUUUAUACCAGAGGUCCUGCACAUCUUAUUCAGAUGCAUUGCAUCAUAGACAAUAUCAAAUAUCAACAGAUAAAAAAGUCUAAACCUGACUUGCUCUGCUAGAAAAUGUAUAAUGGGCUGUGGUUAAAUCUUCCAUCAAAACAAAUCUAAGAUCACGUGCCAUGAAUUCUUUAACCUAAAAGAACAAUCAGAGCUGUUAUCCUUGCAAAUGGAUGUAGAAAAUAGUAUUGGGUGGAAAAACUUUUAUUAUGUAAUUUUCCCCCAGCUUUCAAAUAUUUUUAAUCAAUGAAACAUCAGAUUUUUUUGUGAUUU